AUGCCCGUCCUAACAUAUCGACCCCAAGAUCCAGGAGAAAGACAGCUGUGCUCAUCAACCCCGGAGCACGCCGCUGCUACCACUAGUCUUAAUGUGCCAUUUUCUGCUGUAGGUCCUCUAGUAUCGUCUUUGACCACUUUUGUCACACCGGAUAUCUCCGAGACGCCGGCUAACAGUGGUGAGCGCUCUGAAGCUCCUUCUUCUUCUGCUCUGCCGAUUAGCAGUAGUGGCGGUAGUCGUAUUUUGGGCAGCGCCUCGGUCAGCACUCUGAUACUGGCGGCCGGCAUUAAUACAGAUGACAUACACUCAUUCUUCGGCCUGAAUACCAGUGAUCAACUUCCGGAAAGAAUAUUCGCAGUUGAACCGCUAUCCUGGUGCCAACAUCUGACAGCUACCAGGCCUCCCUUGGUCAACUGGAUCCCAGACAUCAGAAACAGCCAAUGUGGUGAAUGCGAUAAUCGCAGUGAAAACUGGGUUUGCUUGACAUGCUACCAGGUGUUUUGUGGCCGUUUUGCUCGCGGUCACAUGCUGAGGCAUCAUUCUACUACGUCCCAUCCUAUGGCAAUGAGCUACUCCGAUUUAUCCGCCUGGUGUUACGACUGUGAUGCUUACGUGCACAAUGAGGCGAGUCACUUUUUUGGGUCUCUGUCUCAUAUCUUGCCGAAUUUUAAUUUGGUAUCUAACAUUUUAAACUGUGUUGGCGUUUUACGACACCAGGCACCUCAGAUCUAA